AGCACUGCGCAUGCUCGGUGUAGUAGCCGGUCAUGGCGGCGGUGUGUGUUUGUCCAUGAGGUGGGGGACGUAAUUCUUGCGGUCUGUGACAGAGCGAACCGAAGCGCUGCCAUGGCCGGAGUGUUUGACAUUGAUUUGGACCAGCCGGAGCAAAAUGUCUCCGAUGAUGAGACUGACGAGGCACAAAUCAAUGACAUCAUGGACCAGUGCAGCGGAUUUGAAUUUAACAUGGAAGGUUGCGAGAAGAUAGAGAUAUCAGAAGAUAAUGUCAAUCAGGGGACGGAAAAUAUUAGACCAGAGUGUUUUGAACUGCUAAGAGUUCUGGGUAAAGGCGGUUAUGGAAAGGUAUUUCAAGUUCGAAAAGUCGUCGGAGCCGCUUCAGGCAAAAUAUUUGCCAUGAAAGUCUUAAAAAAGGCAAUGAUUGUACGCAAUGCCAAGGACACAGCCCACACCAAGGCGGAGAGGAACAUCCUGGAGGAGGUGAAGCACCCUUUCAUUGUUGAUCUCAUCUACGCCUUUCAGACAGGCGGGAAGCUGUACCUCAUCCUGGAGUACCUGAGUGGAGGAGAACUCUUCAUGCAGCUGGAGAGGGAGGGAAUUUUCAUGGAAGACACAGCUUGUUUUUACCUAGCUGAGAUUUCGAUGGCUCUGGGUCACCUGCACCAGAAGGGCAUCAUCUACAGAGACCUGAAGCCUGAGAACAUCAUGCUGAACAAUCAAGGCCAUGUCAAGUUAACAGAUUUCGGACUGUGCAAAGAGUCGAUUCACGACGGUACAGUCACUCACACUUUCUGUGGUACUAUCGAAUACAUGGCCCCGGAGAUAUUAAUGCGAAGCGGACAUAAUCGAGCCGUAGACUGGUGGAGUCUGGGCGCCCUGAUGUAUGACAUGCUCACCGGCGCGCCGCCAUUCACUGGCGAAAACCGCAAGAAGACCAUCGACAAAAUCUUGAAGUGCAAGCUUAGCCUGCCACCCUACCUCACACAGGAAGCCAGAGACCUCCUGAAACGGUUGCUUAAGAGAAACGCCUCAUCGCGGUUGGGAGCAGGCGCCGAUGAUGCCAAGGAGGUGCAGGCACAUCUCUUCUUCCGACACAUCAACUGGGAACAUUUGCUGGCUCGAAAAGUCGAGCCUCCUUUCAAACCUUUCUUGCAAUCAGCUGAAGAUGUGAGUCAGUUUGAUUCUAAAUUCACCAGUCAGACGCCGGUCGAUAGCCCUGAUGACUCGACGUUGAGUGAAAGUGCUAAUCAAGCUUUCUUGGGCUUCACCUAUGUGGCUCCUUCAGUCCUGGAAAAUAUCAAAGAGAAAUUCUCCUUUGAGCCAAAAAUCCGUUCGCCUCGGCGAUUCAUUGGCAGCCCUAGAACGCCUCUCAGCCCAGUCAAAUUUUCAGGAGGGGACUGCUGGCUACGGAGUUCCCUCCUCCCGAGCGGAGGACCAACUCUCCUCCAGUCUUCUCAGGACCAGGCUAUGGAAGUCUCCACUCCAGAGCAGAUGGAUGUGACCACCAACUCGGAAGCCUCGGCCCCUCUUCCAAUUCGUCAACCUGCCGGGGUCAACCUGGCUCAGAUGAAGCAUCAAGCAUACCCUGUGAUGGCCAAAAGGCCCGAGCAUUUACGUAUGAACCUAUGACCCAACUCCCCUCCAAUUUAUUUCUUGACUUUUUUUUCUUUUUGUUGAUAUUUUUAAGAAGCAAAGCAAAAACGUACGGAUGCUAGAGACAAUUUCAAUCAAAUCUUGCCCAUCCACACACUACAUGUGCUGUCAGCCUGGCGGUGGAAUGCUGAUCCGGGUAGCCAGUGUGCCUCGGUUCAUACAUCAGUGUUACCAUCUUGCAUUGUCGUCGCCACAUUUCUGGUUUUGAUCCCCUCCCACAUCUUACUGAGCUGGUGCUAGGAAGGACCGAAGACAUUCGGAGGAGCUCCAGCAAGAGAUAUUUUUUAGCAAAAAGAGCAAUCUGCUGUACAAGAAGACAUCCAAGUGCUUUAUGCUGAUUUAGUGAAUGCCAUUGAAGUUGCUCAUGUUGCUGAGAGACAGCAAAUGAUUCUCGAUUCUGUGGAAAAAAAAAAAAAGAUGCAAUUAGGUCUAUUAGUGGUGGCUGUAGCUUUCAUCUAAUAUU